CAGAUGGGGGAAAACAGUUUGAAAUCCAUGCUGAGAAUCCAGGAGAGAGAGAAGGAGAUGCAGGAGCUGAGACAGGCUGUGGACUCUCUGAAGCGCUCUGCACAAGAGGAGUUGUCUGACAGUGAGAGGACCUUAACUGAGCUGAUCCUCUUCAUUGAGAGAAGGCGCUCUGAGGUGAACGAGCUGAUCAGAGCCAAGGAGGAGGCUGAAGUGAGUCGAGCUAAAAGGCGACUGCAGCAACUGGAACAGGAAGUGGCUGAGUUGAAGAGGAGAGAUACUGAACUAAAGCAGCUUUCACACACAGAGGAUAACAUCCAUUUCCUCCAGAGUUUCCAGUCUCUCUGUGUUACUCCUGGAUCUGAGGCCAUACCCAGCAUCAGUAUCACAUUUGAACAAGCGAAGAAAUAUGUCUCUGACCUGAAAGAGAUCUGCAAGGUGGAAAUGGACAGGAUAUCCAGGAAAGAUGUGUUUAAAUCAAAUAAUAUGAUUAUAAUAUUUGUUUUUAUUAUUGUCUUGUUUCUAAUGUUUUUUGGGAGAGGGGGGGGGCGGGGGAUGAAUCAGCUUUAAUAUUGCAGAUAGAUUGUGACUUAUAUCAGCGUAAUUGUCUGCAUCAUUUCCAAUACCCCAUAUAUAUAUAUUUUGAAAACAUCAUCUUAAAUAUAUUUUCCUUUUUUUAUGAAUUUCCCCAAACCCUACUACCACUCCCCUAACUGGAGUAAACUAAUGGACAGAAUACUUAGGCUUCCACUUCCAGCUUAUACAUAAUACAUACAUUUCACGGACACUGUAUUUGACAUUAGUUAUCUUUUGUUUGUUUUUACUCCCAUCCCUCAGCUACCCUCAACCUCUCCCAUCUACCUCUGAAGACCAUCCAGUUUUGAUUUCUAUUUGCCAUAUACAUUUCUCAUAUUCUGAACCUUUCUAAUCUCACAGUUUCUACAGAUUGUAAAUAUUAAGGAUAAACACCUUUGCUAAGAGUA